GUUUCAUCCAAUCCAGCGCCUUUUUGAAACAAGAAAAACCUGGAAAGUGCACCAAGAAGACAAGCCAAAGAAGGAAAGAAGGAUCAGAAAAGAAGGAAAGUGAGACUUAACAAAAACCAAACCGGCCACCGGGUCGCCAGAGGACCAUGUUUGUCCCCCUGCCGGUCCCCUUCGUCUUUCAGAGAACAGCGUCCGACUUCAGCGCCUGGAGACUCAAGUCCUCGCUGGCUCCGCGGUCCAGUCCCGAUAUCAGGAUGUCCAAAGCAGCAGAGGACGAGACGUCUGCAGCUGAGUAUCCAGGAGACAGUUCAGACUCUGACAGAAACAGUCCUGAUGAACAGGUUCAGCCAAUGAAAAGCAGCUCCUUCAGCCUCUCGCCCACAGCGGCCAGAAACAAGCUUAAAAGUGAGGAGAGCCCUGAGAUGACUCAAAGCAGUGCUCCUCCUGGUCCUGCUGCACCUCCUCCUGCUCUCCCACAACAGCAGGCGCAGGUGCAGGCCCAACACCACCACACACAGCUGAUGCUGGCUGGUAGUCAGCUUGCUGGGCUUGCAGCUCUCCUCCCGGCCCAGCAGCAGCUGCUCCUCCAGCAGGCUCAAGCCCAGCUCCUGGCAGCCGCUGUUCAACAGUCAAACGCCGCGCACGCAGCUCACGCUGCCCACGCCGCCGCACAGCAACAAGCCAACCAACAGCAGCAGAACCAAUCACAGGCCCAGCAGCAACAGCAACCAACCAAGCAGGAGCAAACAGUCCAGACUCCGCCUCCUCCACCACAGCUGACACUGUCGCAGCCAAUCCAGCUCACAGCCCAGGACAUCCAGCAGCUACUGCAGCUUCAGCAGCUGGUUCUGAUGCCGGGUCAUCCUCUCCAGUCUCCGGCACAGUUCCUCCUGUCUCAACCAGCACAGAGUCAGCAGCCGCAGCAGGGUUUGCUCUCAACACCAAAUCUGAUUCAGCUACCUCAGCAAAGCCCAGGAGGUCUACUGACAACGCCGCCUCGCCUGGGAUUGCAAGUACAGAGGGACAAGAGCAGCGACGUGGUCGUCAGCGGAAACAGCAGUAGCAUUAGCGGUGGCUCUGUAGUUGCCACUGGAAGUAGUGGUAUUGCCGUUGUGACAUCUAUGGGUGCGACAUCAUCAUCCAGCAGCACCAUGGCUUCUUCUCUGACCUCCAGUUUGACCCCUGGAGGGCACGGGGGUCACAUGGGGGAAGAACCCAGCGACUUGGAGGAACUGGAGCAGUUUGCUCGUACUUUUAAGCAGCGACGCAUCAAGCUGGGAUUCACACAGGGAGACGUUGGCGUGGCAAUGGGUAAAUUGUAUGGCAACGACUUCAGCCAGACAACCAUCUCCCGCUUUGAAGCACUCAACCUCAGUUUUAAGAAUAUGUGCAAACUGAAACCGCUGCUCGAAAAAUGGCUGAGUGACGCAGAAACCAUGGCAGUGGACAGCAUGCUGCCUAGUCCCUCCUCUAUUUCCUCCCCCAUGUUGGGCAUUGAGGGGCUGCCAGGUCGACGCAGGAAGAAACGCACCAGCAUUGAAACCAACGUCCGUGUGGUUCUAGAGCGCAACUUCAGCACGAACCAGAAGCCUACCUCGGAGGAGAUUCUGCUGAUGGCGGAGCAGCUCAAUAUGGAGAAGGAGGUGAUUCGUGUUUGGUUUUGUAACCGGCGGCAGAAAGAGAAACGUAUCAACCCAUCCAGCAGCUCCACCCCUCCUCUGCCCAGCCAGACUUCACCUGUUACGAUGCACAAAACCCCCUGUUACAGCCCGCACAUGAUUUCCAGUCAGGGUCUGCCGCAGGUCUCCACCAGCCUCAGCACAACAGUCGCUGGCUCGUCACCGUCGGCAUCCUGCCCGUUAACUCCAGUCAGCUCGGCUGCAGUUGGCGCCACUUCUUCAGUGACUCCGCCUCCUCAUAGCACAGCUAGCCCCACCCCUCCCGGAUUAGGGGUCCAUGGGCUCAGCACUGGGAACACACUGAUGGGAGUAAGCACAGGGAUGAACCAGGCCCUUAUUGGCAGCAAUCCCCUGGCUACCAUGCAAGCCCUGGCAGCCAGCGGCGGGCAACUGCCCAUCUCCAGCCUCGAGGGGGGGGCGAGUCACAUGCUUCUGGGCAGACCCGGGGGUCCGGCUGUCCCACCAAACCUCCGUCCCUCCCUCUUCCUCAACCGCCCUGCCCUCCUCCCCAUGGUGACAGGCACCAUGACCACAGCCUCCCCGCCCACCAUGGGACUGGUCAGCAGCAGCAUUGCAUGCGUCCCGAGACCCGCCCUCUCCCAGUCUCCGCCCCCUGGCGCCGGCGACCUCAUGAGUCCGACCUCCUAUCCGGAGGAGUCCGCCUCUCCUUGCUCAAGCCCCGCCUCGUUCUGUUCAUUCAGUGAAGCCUCGCCCCCGCCUCUGGGAGGGACCAUGGCCGAGUGACGUCUGAAUGAGGUCGAGGAGGAAGCAGCGCUUUAAAGGAGCUUUAAAAUUUUUUACAUUUGCAACCUCGCCUUUCAACCAAAGCCAUCUCCGUCUGAUCCGUCUGAGAUUUCGUCUCUUUUUCUCCCCGCUGAAGUCUCCUGAAGCCAAAAAUACACACGGACGGAUGAGGGGAGGAAGCAAAUUGCAAAAGAGGACGGAAAGGAUGGAGAGAAUGGGGGGAGCAUUUGAAACCAAAUAAUGAGGUGUGGGUACAACUGGAGGGGCGGAGCUAAAGCAACGCUGUACGUUUUAUCAGCCGGAGGGAAAAGAAGCUGGAGGAGGGCAGAGAGGCGGAGCUAAAGCUGUGUUUGACAGUAUUUGGAAAGUCGUGCAGUCGCCAGAGACACUUGAAGAGCAACACAUACUGAAAACCAAAAUCUCCAAAUGCCAAAAACUGAAAACCAAAAAAUAAUAAUAAUAAUAAAAAAACGGAGAGAAAAGCUUUAGUGCAACAUGCUGAACAUUUUCCAU